AUGGUCUCUGCUCGUAUUCAAAGUCGUCAACGUCGACAACGUCGACAACCGGAUACAUCAAGUGAUGAAGAUGGUCCCUCGCUCAUGACAGCGCCAUCGUCGCCGCCCAAGCGCCGUCACAGCAGCACCUCUACCUUGUCCCAGUCUCUCGUCGGCCGCAGGGGCGCGCGAUCGCGCAAGACGGAACCCGCCACAGCGCACGAGAGCAAGAUACACGACUUCGAAACCACACCACACCGACCCGUCCAGAGCGUCAAGGUCAACUACGGCAAAGGCGGGCGUCGGAACAGCGGGCGUCUUGGCGAGUGUGACGAGGCGCGACUCGACGCGUCCAAGCCAUCACACCUUCGGACAUCCGCCUCUUCGGUGACUCGAACCCCGACAAAAUCGCGGAUAAAGUCAAGUGACACGUCACGGAACCAGGACUCGAUGACAGACGGCGAUGACUCGGGACUGUCGACCCCAUCGCGAACGGCGCGACGAAGCGCUCGACAGGUGACGACGAGCGCCGCGGCGGCCCAAGCGCUCUAUACACCGCAGACAACAUCAAAGCGCAGCAAGAAUGCGAUCACCGACACUCCCAGCAAGCGUAUCAAACGAUCUUCGAACGACUCCGUGCUCAUCGAGACACCCUCAAAGCGUACCCGGGCCAAGCCAGUCAACGACGACGAGUCAGAAGAGUCGGAUCCAGAGAACAUCGCACAGGAUCUCGUGCAAGACAAACCGCGACAGCUUGCAACGCCUAGGUCGACACCGACAAAACCUUCUCAUGCCGAUAAAUUGCUACCCACCAGACCCAUCCGACAUGCACGGGCGACCAGCGUCGAGACUGCGGAGGAGACCGAUGCCCAAGAGCGGGAAGGCAACGAGGAGGAGGACGAGGAAGAGGACGAGCAGACACAAAGGUCCUCGACACCCUCUCCGUCCAAGAACCAAACACUUGCGGAGACUACCCCUCGACGUUCCGCCCGAGCUCGACGACUACCUGUCGCCAAACUCGACAUCGACGCCGCGCCCAAGGAACUGCGUAAUCGACUCGUAGGCUGGCACAUGAAUGAUGGCGACGAAGACUCUUCGGCUGAUGAACUGGACGUCUUGUCGAGUCCGAGCCGUAGCGGCAAGUCGUCGACAGCCGCCACCGAAAUGAUCCGCGAUUCGCUCGACCAUUCGCAACUCUACCCGGCUCGAAACUUAUCGUUCCUCUUCUCUCGUAUUCUCAAUGGCCUCAACGGAUGGACGCUGCCAAGACAGCCACGAGCACCGGCACAAUUUGAUCGACGCGAUGCGCUGGCCUACCCUCACCUGUCAGGUGGGUAUUCGCAGUGGGAGAAGCCGCUUCGCUACGCUAUGAACGGUGUCGUGCAACAUAACGUGGGCAACUGUCUGAUUAUGCUGGGACCUCGAGGAGUGGGCAAGACGAUGGUGAGUGCCUUCACAAACAUGCUAGGUCACCAGGCCCCUCGAGGAAUGACUGACUUUCUUGGCCGGCGGCUUCACCAGCUUUUCGAACGAACGGUCCAAGUUCUAGAAAAGGCUUACGGAAAGGAUGCGAUGAUCAUCGUUCGUCUCAGCGGCCUCGUCCACACCACCGACCGUCUGGCGCUGCGGUCGAUUGCGCACCAACUUCAGAGUCAGGGGCUCUCAGACGAGGAUGGCGACUUUGGCUCCAACGCGGCGACAAUGACGACCUUGCUGCACAUGCUCGAGCCAGCGAACGACCCCCGAUCUGUUGCGGAGAAACCGAUCAUCAUUCUCGUCGACGAGUUCGAUUUGUUCGCCCAGCACCCUAGGCAGAGCUUUCUCUAUUCGUUGCUGGACAUCGUGCAAGGCAACCGACGCAAGGCUGGGAUGGGCGUGGUGGGCCUGAGUGCUCGAUCCGUGAGUCUUACUGAUCUUAUCCAUGUAAACGUCGGAUUUCUUGGACACUGACAAUCGAUCUUUAUUGGACACUGUCAAUCGAUUUUCAUUCCUCAUUCCACCGUUCAGGACUGCCUCUCGAUCCUCGAAAAACGAGUUCGUUCGAGGUGUCAAUCUCAGGUGCAUCAGAUGGUUCUUCAAAGCGACUUUGACAGCUACACCGAACUAGCCAAGCAAGUGCUGUCUGUCGACGCGACUGCCUUUCACGAGUUCGGUGACGAGCACUGCUUGGGGCCGAUGGCAGAUGAUUGGAACUUGGAGGUCGAAGUGAGUACACGCUGGCAGCCACCUUCUACUUCCGUCAAAACCACUGACUCGGAGAUUGUGUCCAUCAAGGCUUUCUUGGAUGAUCCUCUCGUCUUCGACCAUCUCGAGCGAGUGUGGUCCAUUCACGGCAACACACCUGCGCCACUUUUGCAGGCAUUGGUGAGCUUCUCAAGCCUGCUUGAAUGGGAUCUUCCCGGAAUCGAUGCUGACGGCGUUCAUCUCGUUGCCUCAGGCCCCUGUUUUGACCCAUUGCGAAAAUUUGGUGAAGGACGACGACCAGAUGCUCGGACUGCCCCAUCUCUCUCACUGCAUGUUCAUCGCCGGAGCAAAACCGACAUUCCGUGAAGACCUGCCACUUGACCGUGAGUUCGAGCUCAGCGACGUUUCCCUCCAUGUGAGAACCAAGUCAACUGACCGUUCACGGGGUUCGCAGACCUGACGAUUCUCGAUUUGACCGUCUGCGUCGCGGCCAAACACAUGCGUGCCCAACACGAGAAUGCGAUCAACGUCGAGCUGCUCUACCGUUGCUACCUCGAGCAUGUCCAACGCAGUCGACUGAUGGUGUCGGCGAAGGCAUGGACACGACUAGCAUUCUGUAUGGUCCGUCUUGUUUUUCACGUCACUUCCGUCUCGCAGGCCGGGCUCGCUGACGUCUUCCUCGCUGCAGUCCUUUGAUCGACUGCGAGCUUUGGAGAUCCUACUCCCUUGGACGGGCAAGACGACACAACGCCCUUCGCCGAGUCGUGGCGAUCGUUUCAAGCUGUACCGAUUUGUGCCUUGGGAUUCGACAUUGGAUGAAGCCGUUCGAAUCCGACAAGAAAGGUCGAGGGACGUACCAGAGCCUUUGCGGAAGUGGUUGAAGAGUCAGGAUGCUUGA